GGUCGCAUCCGUCUCCCUCUGCCCGCCCUGCCACAGGAGAAGCUUCCAGGUUCCCGACGGGGAGGGCCAGAAAGGCUCUACUAGGAGGACCUCCCUGCACUUGCCAGAACUAAAACUGAGGCAGCGGCAAGAACUCGGCGUCCAAAACGCUCCCCAAAGCCCUCCGAUGCCCUCAGGACGCUGGAGCCAGCCCGGCUGCAGCCGCCAUUGCGCAAGGUCGCGCGCCCAGCACUGGCUGCCCAGAAGCGGGAGGGCAGGGAAGGUCCUAUGUACCAGAAAGGCUGCCCACGGCACAAACACUGAUCCCGUGUCCUGUGUCAGGGAAAGGGAAGGCAAAGAAAAGAAAGAGAAGGCCAAGGAGACCUACCUGAGUGAGGUCACGCGCCAGCGGGAAAGGCCCAGUCCGCUCUACAUCCCGCAGUCGCAACUCAGAUACGGGGUGAGAGGCGUGUUCCCAAGACCAGACACUGCCAGUGCCGUCUCACCUCCCACUUUUUUUCUGAAACUGCUAGGGGCCCAGCGCUGCUUCUGCAGCCUCCCAGGGGAUGCUGCUGGUGGCGCGUAUGCCGCCUAGGUGGGUGGGGAUGUGCUGAGGCCGAAGGAGUGACAGCGACUUGUAGGUUU